UUCAGCAGACACAACCUAGACGGUUAGGUUAUUCUUCAUUUAUAGGUUAAUUAAGGACAAAAAGGAAGGAGAAACCAAUUAUUUCUGAGUAAUCCAACUCGAAGGGAUAUAUCAUCGACAAAGAAGAAAAUAUUUUAUAAAAUAUGGAGAAGCUCGGAUUGCUAGAAGUACUGAAGGACACUUUACCAACACUACCAGUACCUGUAUUAUUCAAGAAUAUGUUGCGAAGGCCUGACGGUUCAUACGAGUGGAAAUUGCUCCAAUGGGACAUAUACGAUCUUGUAAAUAUAUUUGGAGACAAACAAUUACCAUUUCGAAUUGGUGAUCACAACAAACGCACUUGUGCCACUCAACAUGAUCAAUGUUCCGUAGAACCGCCCAUAAAACCUAUUCAAAUGACGUUCGGUCAAUUUGUCAAUAAAGCAUACGAAUCAUUCGGCAAUAAAUGGCUUUACUGUGAUUACAAGUAUAUGCAGGAGUGGUUCACUGAUAAGCCGGAACUUAUAGAAUCUUUUAAUUGGCUGAAAUUCGGGAUCGGUGAAAGUAUGGGGAAAAACGGACUUCACUCUACUAUCUGGAUCGGAAGCAAAGGUGCGCAUACCGAUUGCCACCGGGACACUUAUGGCUAUAAUUUAGUAGCACAAGUAUACGGCAGAAAGCUGUGGUUGCUGUACCCGCCAAAUAAUGCACUGAUACCAGUUAGAAUUCCUUACGAGGAGUCGACUGUAUAUAGUAGAUUUAAUAUUUAUUGCCUGAGCGAGGAAGAACAAUGCUACUUGAUGGAGAGUGUACCAGUCAAGCCAAAACUGAUAGUCCUCGAACCCGGGGACGUCUUAUUUGUGCCGAAUGGUUGGUGGCAUUACGUGGAAUCUUUGGAUACCGUUAAUAUUAGUGUUAAUUUGUGGGGGAAGCUUGAGACCGAUGCUAGAGCACGAGUCGAGGAAGCCCUCGUCCAGUUGCUAAUAUCUAAGCUAGCACGUACUGAGCUACAAGAAACUGACGUCAAUAUAGAUAGCUACUACUAUACGAGAACAGUUGAGAACGCCGUCAUUGAUUACAAGGAAAUGGAGGAGAAGAAGAAUAAUGAACGAAAUCUAGAGGAGACCCAGGAAAAGAGUUCCAGGAAAAGAAGGAGAGCUGACAUAUGGACUGCAAAAGAGUUAGCCGAGGAGUAUCCCGAUCAUGUUGAGUUAUUAAAAGAUGCAAGGUCGGACGAAUAUACGAAGUUUCUCGAGGAAAGACGGGAAAGGGAUACAAGCAUAAGGAACCAAGGAAUGACAGAAAACAUAAAUAAUGCACCCCAAUUUGAUUCGUUUUUAGAGGAUCUUAUUAAUGCCUUGUGUCAUCCAGAUGUUAUUAAUAAAGCGGCGAACAUAUUGUUAGAAAGAUUUUCGUAAUGAUAAUUUGCGAUAAGUUAGGAAUUUUUUGUAUAUACGGUGAGAGAAGUAUUCUCAACUUUAUUUUUUUUCUGUGAACACUAUUGCAAGAUUCUUCCUAUUUGUUAAAAAAUUGCUCUAUGUAAUACGCAAUUGCUGUAAUAUAUAUAAUAAAAUUGCUUUAUAUAAUCGAA